CCCACAUCCGAACUCCUCACAAAACAAAAUCAAUCUCUCCAAACCCUGAUCAGAGAUCUCUGCAACUCAUCAUCUUCAGCAAUGGCUCGUACAAAGCAAACAGCAAGGAAAUCCACCGGAGGAAAAGCUCCAAGGAAGCAAUUAGCAACAAAAGCAGCUCGUAAAUCUGCACCAGCAACCGGAGGAGUAAAGAAACCUCACAGAUUCAGGCCAGGAACUGUUGCUCUUCGUGAAAUCAGAAAAUACCAAAAGAGUACUGAACUGUUGAUUCGCAAACUUCCAUUUCAGCGUUUAGUUCGUGAAAUCGCUCAAGAUUUCAAGACUGAUUUAAGGUUUCAGAGUUCAGCAGUUGCGGCAUUACAAGAAGCAGCUGAAGCUUAUCUUGUUGGUUUGUUCGAAGAUACUAAUCUCUGUGCGAUUCAUGCGAAAAGGGUUACUAUUAUGCCUAAAGAUAUUCAACUUGCUAGGAGAAUCAGAGGUGAACGUGCUUGAAAAAGAGGGGUUUAAUUUCUUUGUAAAUCUAGAUUAGGGAUGUCUUUUUUCUUUUGGUAUGUAGAACUGUCAGUGCUCUGAUUUUGACAAUCUAAUGAAAUGGAAUUUCACAGUUUCUGAAUA